AUGGCAUCCGAGAAUUACAAGCCUCUACUUUCAGGUCCUGAGGAUCGGACCUCAGUCGACGGGCUUUCAGACACAGACCUCAGACCUUUGAAACCAAAGAGCUGGUCCUCGAGGUUGGUGACGCUGUUGUCGAGGCUACGGCCAUACAUUAUUGCCAUAUUAUCACUUCUUCUUGCCAUUCAUUUCUAUCUCGACAAGAGAUCAUUCCACUCUCGGUGUGUUCGAGAGCUACAUACUCCUUCACCCAUUCUCAAUUCUGGUGUUCUUGAUAAGUAUAGCACAGUCAACCUCAACGGAACGCUCAACUUCAAAGAGAAGUGGGCAGGAACUCCAAAUGACGCUAGAGACGAGCAAUGGCAGAGUAUCAUCAAAGCAGAUGUAUGGAUCCCGGUGACCGACGACGAAGUGAAGAAAAUGGGCAAAGACCCCGAAAAGGUCGUUCGAGUCCCGCCACAACAUCGUGACCAGUACGGAGACGGAGCAAUAGGAGUCAUGGAUUUUGCUCACCAGAUGCACUGUCUUGACCUGGUGAGGAAAUACACUUAUUUCGAUUACUACAUGGAGAAACAAGACGAAGAAGCGUUUGGGAAUCCUCCUCACGUGUUGCGUGUUCACAUUGAUCACUGUAUCGAUAUGAUGCGACAAUUCAUCAUGUGCAAUGCCGACCCUGGCAUAGUCACCCAUUUCUGGGUCGAGGAGCAGAAUGAACAGGACCCGGGCCGACGAGACACAGAUCUUCUGUCUCCUGCAAAACGACACAAUGACACUUCUUCUGUCAAGAAGACAUGGGUCUUGCUGUCUGUGGCGUUUGUCAUAUUUGCUCCAGCCAUCAUAACGUCGGCGACGCACCUUCCAUAUCCUCGUCGUGGUGAUGGCAGUGCCGGUAGCAACGCUGUCUCAUCAGGACAAUGUGAGGAUCCGUCAAUUCGACGGGAGUGGAGGGAUCUCUCGGACGGCGAGAAGAUGCAAUAUAUCGGAGCCAUCAGUUGUCUACAUGAAACUCCUUCUCGACUCGACCCGGAAGCAAAACUCUCUGACGAUUUUCCAUGGUUGCAUUUUCAUGUUGGAAGCCCAAAUCACAACACGGUCGGCUUUCUCUCAUGGCAUCGUUGGUUCAUUCAUCUGUAUGAAGAGGCCCUCAGAGAUUUCUGUGGCUGGAAUAAAGGUUUAGUCUACUGGGACUGGUCGCUUGAUUGGCAAGAUCCAGCCUCAUCUCCGAUAUGGGAUUCCCGAAUAGGAUUCGGAGGCGACGGUGACCUUUCGCUACCUCCGACCAACAUGCCUCCCAACGCCACCUGCGUCCGCGAUGGACCUUUUUCCAAUUACCAAGUCCGCAACACGGGUUGGGCGACGCAACCGCACUGCCUGUCGCGUGGAUUUGGUCGACUCCCGCCAUUCCACAACUUCAGCGGCGAGAAGCUCCACCCGGACGUGCUGAACGAUGCUCUGGCCCAAGAGGAUUUCUGGGAUUUUUGUCACCGCCGUCGAAGACGGCCCCCACGAUGCUAUACCACACGGGAUCCCGUCUUCUACCUCCACCAUACACAGAUCGAUCGACUGUGGUGGAUGUGGCAGCAAAAGGACCCGGAACGACGACUGUACGAGUACCACGGCCCAAAUCCAUCCCGAGAACACAAGCAGAGUGAUUCGGCGGCUUUGGGCGAAUCCUUUGCUUCUCUCGAUGAUGUGUUAACUUAUGAACCGCUUUCACGCAACAUUACUGUCCGAGACAUAAUGAGCACCAAGACACGGCGGUUGUGCUAUCGAUAUUAA